GACUGCUGAAUUUACUUCUCUGAAGUGAACUUUGACUUUGUCUAAACAAAAGAGUUAGUGAACAAUUGGAAAAAAAGUCAUUUUUCCAAAGCUGAUGAUAAAAACUAAAAAAGGGCAAACAAAUUCUAAAUGUAGUUUAGGAAUUAAAUAAUUUUAUAGUUGGAAUUUCUGCAUUGUAGAUUAGGUGCAUAAUAUUUAACAUACUUAGAGGCUAAGUUUAUAAACUUGAGUUUAUAAAAUACUUGUGCUUUCAGACAAACUGCAAAACAUUUGGGUGCUGAACUCCUAAUGGUACCUUGAGUGGCAAAGAGUUGUGAGCUGCAAUACUGCUCUGAGUCUGGCCUAAAAAGCCAGCCCACUUCCUCUUUAAACAGUUCAUGUAAGAAGUCAUGUGUAAGUUCUAAAGAAAGUUAUUUAACAAAUCCAGUUUCUUUGAGAGGAAAUACAAAAAUAUCUUGAAUGUAUUAAAAAUGUUACUUAAUCAAAAGUAGGUUGAUUACAGCAUUACUGAAGUUAGCUCUUACUCUCAAGGAGGAAAGUAAUAAAACUUUAGAGUUUUAUUUAGGAAUCUUAUGACAAAUGAAGUCAUGAGGAAGAACCCCAUUUUUCUGUAGUUAUCUACAAGACAGAUCUUACAAGGCUUCGUUAACAUUGGUUUCCUGUGUUCAGUUCCUACAAUUUUGGAAGUGCAGACAUCUGCACAGAGAAGCCACACGUGUGGGGUUGGAGGAAAGGCAAAAUGUCUGAACUCCCCUCAGUUUGUGUUUGAUCCAGAGGUGUAUUAUAGCGUGACUAGAGCAGAAAUGCCUGUAUUCCCUGGGGCGUAUAAAUCUGUUCCAUAGUCUGCCUCCAGGAAAAAUACUGGCUCGACUCUGAAAGGACUACAUUAGUUCCAGUUAUGUGGAGUGUGGAAAGUGAAUUAAUUUUUGGCUAAACUACUUCUGAGCAUGGUGCUUCCCUUUUCACAGCCUUAGACAGCUGUUGUCCUCAUUUAAGUGCCUAUGCUAUCGUUCUCCAAUGAAUGCCUUUGACACUAGGUUGUCCAGUUCAAUAUUGUGUUUAAUAAAGUUUGAUCUAGACUAUCUAAAACAAACUGUCUGUUCAUGCAUGUAAUAACAGCUUCCUGAGGUAAGAGCUACAUAAAUGUGUUUCAGGGCAAAUUUUGACAAAAAUAGGAGAGAAAACAGUAGCCUUGUUGGAGGUCUUGCUGUUGCAAGUAUUUAAGUCUUGCUCUCUUCAUACUGAUUCUAAGAAUAUAUUUUAAUUAACUAAGAAGAUGCUUCUAAGAAUAUUAAGCAGUGAAGUUAUUCAUACCAGCUCCUCUAAGUAACUAUGUUCUUGAAGGAGGUGUCACAAGAAAUCAACCUGUAUUUUCUCUAAAUCCUAGGUCUGUGUCUUUCCAAGUGAUCGAUGUUGUUGAUGGUUCUCAAAACUGCCUUCAAAACUGGCUGUAAAUUAACUUCUCUGAUUUUGUCAGCAGCGCUACAGAAGGGGAAAAAAUGAUGGACCUUGUGCUCAGGUGUCCCAUUUGGAAUUAUUUAGGAACAUUCUGGGAAGCAUGUUUAGCUUUUUUGCUUAAUUAAGUAUUGACAUAGAUGUCACUGUGCCUUAUGGAACAGUACAGAGCAGGGGGUUUUUUUCAUGGUAUAAUAUCUGUAAAAAGAAAGAAGUAUUGAUUUUUCUUUUUACAUGAGGAUUUUUUAUAUAUCUUCAUUGUUAUUUUCAACUUUCUUGCAUUGCUGCUAGAUGUCCUUUGUCUGUUAAAUGAAGAAAAUAUUCUAUCACCACAACAGCCAAACCAAACAAAUUCUUUCCUUGGAAGAAAACAAAGCAAAGCCAACAGAACAUCCAUCCAAAAAGACCACUCCAAUAGGAUCAGUCAAGAGAAUUAGAAAAUUCUGAGUUUUUCCUUCCUGGCAUUUCAAACAAACCCUCUUAUAUAUUCUUUCUGAAGGGAAGAUACAUGUACAAGGAGGGAAAAAAAGUUUCUUGUGCAUAAUUUUCCUUACUUCUGUGCAUAUAUCUUCCACUUUAUAUUAAUGGCCUUCCUGCAUGCAGGUUGAAGAGGAUCACCUCUGUGUCUGAGAUCUGUGUAGUGUCUUUUAAGAUGUGUUCUUAGCAACUUUUGAUAUUUUGUUUAUUUUAUUGAUUAUAGAGAUAUUUGCGUCAGUUAAAACAAGUUUAAAAGUUAGUUUUCCACUUCAUUGUCAAUAUUUUUCCACAAGGAUUCCAAGUAACAGUACACGUGAAGUCUUUCCAGCUAGCUUUCUUGUGUUUUGGACCAUUUGUAGUCUGUUUUUGUCAUGUAGACAAACUGACAUAUAAUGCUUUUAGCUUCGUCUCUGACAGAGUCUAUGUAUCUGCAGGAUACCAGAUGUUAAGCAGGUAUUCUUAUUUGUUUAUCCACCUGGAAAACUGCUUUAUUUCAUAGCUGCAUUUCCAGUCGGCUUCAAGCUGGACUAAUGAUUAUGAUGAUGUGCUUGGUCUUAUUCACAGCUGUGCUGUUCUGCUUAAAAGCUGAAAAUAGGGCCAGAAGAAGAACUCCAGCUGAUGCUGAAGAGAGAAAUUAAAGUCUGGAUAACUUCCUCUGCAACUUCAGUUUUCAUCAGUCGUUCUAUCAGUUUCCGUAGUGACAGUCGCCCAGAUCUGCUCAGUCCACGACCGUGGUCUCGAAAUAUGCCCCCUGCCAACACAAAGCGGAGAGACAGCAAACUGUGGAGUGAAACCUUCGAUGUUUGUGUCAAUCAUAUGCUUACAUCUAAAGAAAUCAAACGCCAAGAGGCUAUCUUUGAGCUUUCCCAGGGAGAAGAAGAUUUGAUAGAAGAUCUGAAGUUAGCAAAAAAGGCUUAUCAUGACCCAAUGCUUAAACUUUCCAUAAUGACAGAGCAAGAACUGAACCAAAUCUUUGGAACGUUGGACUCCCUAAUUCCUCUACAUGAAGAUCUUCUUAGGAGACUUAAAGAAGUCAGAAAACCUGAUGGAUCAACAGAACAUGUUGGCCAUAUCCUUGUGGGUUGGCUUCCAUGCCUAAACUCCUAUGAUAGCUACUGCAGCAAUCAAGUAGCAGCCAAAGCCUUAUUGGAUCACAAGAAACAAGAUCACAGAGUACAAGAUUUCCUGCAGCGCUGCCUAGAGUCUCCUUUUAGUCGCAAACUGGACCUUUGGAAUUUUCUGGACAUCCCAAGAAGCCGUUUGGUUAAAUACCCAUUACUACUCAGAGAAAUUUUGAGACAUACACCAAAUGAUCAUCGAGAUCAGCAGCACCUUGAAGAAGCUAUAAAUAUAAUUCAGGGCAUAGUGGCUGAAAUCAACAUCAAGACUGGUGAAUCGGAAUGCCAAUAUUACAAAGAGAGACUUAUUUAUCUUGAAGAAGGCCAAAGGGAUUCGCUGAUCGACAAUUCACGUGUUGUAUGCUGUCAUGGUGAACUGAAGAACAACAGGGGAGUGAAACUGCACGUCUUCCUCUUUGAAGAAGUGUUGGUGAUCACUCGAGCUGUCACCCACAAUGAACAGCUCUGCUACCAGCUGUAUCGGCAGCCAAUUCCAGUGAGGGAGCUUAUGCUAGAAGACUUGCAAGAUGGAGAGGUGCGCUUGGGAGGAUCCAUACGUGGUGCAUUCAGCAACAAUGAGAGAAUUAAAAACUUCUUCAGAGUCAGCUUCAAAAAUGGAUCUCAAAGCCAGACUCACUCACUUCAAGCCAAUGACUCCUUCAGCAAACAACAGUGGCUUAACUGUAUCCGCCAGGCCAAAGAAAAGGUUACGUGUGCGGGCAAAGCUGGCGUGCUGAGCUCAGAAGCACAUUUUCUUUUGUCACCAAAUGGAAGCAGAGUACCCCAGAGAGAAACCACACUGGAGCAAAUGGACCAGUCAGACUGUGAGUCAGACUGCAGUAUGGACACCAGCGAGAUCAGCACUGACUGUGAACGAAUGGAACAGACAAACUCUUGUGAAAAUGAAAAACAAAUAGAAACAAACGUUUGACAAAAACUUACAGUUCAUGGAAGAAAAUAUGUCUCUUACCUGUGCAGUAUUUGCAUUCCAUACAUGGAACCAUUUGGAGAAGCACUUUUUAAAUCUUUUUUGUGACAAUGUCAAUGCAGUCCUCCUUGUAUUCAUACCUAUGAGUGUAGUACUGUAACUGCCAAUCUGUAUAAGCUGGAAUCUCUUGCAACUCGUGUCCUGUGAUUAUAUUCCAUAAACAUCUAAGGUGGAUGAAAGAGGUACUUGACCAGUUAUUCUCAAUGUCCUGCUGUAAACGGAAUCUCUGAACUACUGUUUAUAAAUGCAUUACAUAAAGAAUCUUUUAAUAUUUUUUAAGUACUUUAUUCACCCUUUAGUGAGGCAGCUGAAGAUAUGGACUUAACAUGGACUUUCAGAAUAGGUGUCCAGAUAAUAAGUUUUCAUGAAGGCAUGGAAGGAAGAAAAUUGUUUAUUGGGGAAAAAAAAAAGAGAAAACCAUCUUGCAAUAACCUAACUGAUCUCUUGUGGUAUUAAAUCAACAAGAACUACAAACAGGGGGCCAUGUAGUCAGUGACUCUUUAGGGUCUGAUUUUUCAAAAUGAAGCACUGUCUUAAGAAGCAGCAACUGAACUUAGUAAAAUCUAUUCAGUUCAAGUGGCCAGCAUAGUGCUAUGGUUUACAUAUCAAAGCAUGUAAUACUAAAAAUUAUCAACUGAAAAAAAAAAUCCAAACAAACCUUUACAGCCAGCACUGAAUCAAAUGAAAUGCUGAGAAUACUGGGUAUUUGUAAAUAAGCUGGUAGUUUGCUUUCAGUGCCAUAUAUAUGUAUAUAUAUAUAUAUGUAUGUAUUUUAUCCCAAACAGGGUAAGAAUGGAAAAAAAACCCUUUUGCUUGUGAAUAGGCCCUCUUCAGCAUUUUGCACUCCACUGACCUCCACUGUUGGUUUUAAACACCACUAAACUAAUGUCAAAACAUUUAAUUUUCUGUAAAUGUCUGUUUACAAUUACAUGUUGAUUUUUUAAUCUAGGGGACAAUUUUAUAUAAACAGUGCUCUACAAAUACCCUGUGGGAUUAUGUAGAGAAAAAUUAAAACAAAAAGGGAAUUGCUUUUCCUUAGGAUGUAUUACAUCCUUUAUAUUUUCCUCGAGGGUUUUUUUUAAGUUUUUGUUGCAUUUAGUCGCAUGCUGUAAUUGGAAAUGUUACUGUGUUUUCUGGUGGCUGAUUUAAUCUACUCAUUAUGAUGAGAAGCAGAUGAGUCACUUAAAUGCAGUCUAAAACACUCAGUUCAAUAUCCUGUUACUGUUCAGGAAUCCCUGGAUAUUACUUGUUAGUAUAAGAAAUCAUGCCAGUGCUGUAUGGAAAAGAUAGAUUUAAAUGGUCCUUGAUGUUACACAAGAUAACUUGUGCAAAGUACCCAUAAAACAAAAGUAGAAAAACUUCUAAGUUAUUGCCAAAAACAUUUUCUUGUGUUCUACAAGUUUACAGAAAAUUUACUAUGUCAAGUAUCUUACAUAUAUAUAUGCUGAUGUACAUUGCAGAAAUUGGUGUGACAAGAUGAUAAACCAUAUAAAACAAGGUAUUUUUAUUUUUUAAAAAAAUGUCAUUUUUACCCUAAAGAACAUAUUUCUGUAUUUAUAGUUUUGAAAAGAAGUCAGUUUUCUUUUUUGUUUCAGGCUUUGUAAUUUAUUUAAACUGCUUCAUUUUUAGAGCUUCAUGAGUGUACCAGUAAAAAAUGAGACAAAUGACAGAUCUGCAAAAGAAAAGGCAUAGGAAAGCAUAUUAGGUGAUGAACCACUUUCAUAAAACCUCUUCAGCAAAAUGUUCAAAAGGAGCAAAAAGCAAGUAAAGUGUGCAGAGAGAGAAAACAGAAUGGAUGUGUGUAUUGCCUUUAAAAAAGUUUUUAAAUACUAGCCUUAAACUUUUCUGGAAGCAUUUCAAAUAAAUUACAUUAAACUGU